AAAAAAAUACAUGAACUUGGCAAGAUUUGGCUAUAAUUAAUUUUUGUAAGAAUUUAUUUACUUAUAAUAAGAAAACCAUUUCGCCGUAAAACAAUUAUUUGUUAGGAUUUUAAGCACGUUUUUUUACUUAUGUUGAUCUAUUUCUCUUGUGGUUCGGUGUAAUGUGUUUGUCGGGACAUUAUUACUACGCUACUUGCUGCGAAUUAUAAAGAACACCAUGACCACCAACAAUAUAAAUGUAUUCAUCAAUAAUUAAAUCCAAUCUAAAUAUCAAUUAGAAGAGACAUUUUAUAAAAUAUUAGACAUCCUAAAUAUGGUUCUUUAAAUUCUAGUCAAAAUCCCAAACCAGUAUACAUUCCAGUGAUUGUGAUGCUUAAAAAAAUAACUGCUACUUAAUGUACCACAAAAUAUUUCAAACUAAACAUUUAAUUUCUUUUUAAACUAAUUUACUAUAACUAGUCAAAAAUAAUGUUAAAUGCAAUAAACAAUACAAUUUAUAUAGUAAUUUGAGCAAUGAUGCAUUGCCUGGGGCUAUUCUUCAAACACCAGUACUUAUAGUAGAAGUAAAUAAAAUACUAAAUAUGGAGAAUGUUUUAAAGCCACCUGAAUCUGAAAUUGAAAACACUGAAGUAUCAGAGAGUCACAAUAAUGGGCAAAGGGACUUAAGUUUAACUGAUUCGUCCUUAACUGAAAGUGCAUAUUCACCUAGUUCAGCUUUAGAAAAUCAAGUUUUACAAAGGCUUACAAGUAGUGCAAACCAAGAAGCAUCUAUAAGUGGAAUAUUGCCACAUACAAACAGAGAGAAUGAACAGGCAGGGGAACAAAGCAAGCAACUCUUUAAACACCCUGCAGAUUUACAAAAUAGAUCAUCUAAAGAAGAAAAGCAAAGGCAAAAUGAAGAAAUUGUCACAUUGGAGUCAUCUUCCCUAUCCUCCGAAACUGGGUCUUGGGAAUCUGUGUUUCCAGUCAGGCUCGCGGAAAAACAAAAGGAUGCUUGUACAGCUUUCAUAAAUAAUGAACGAAGUAGCGGUAGUGGCGAAAGUAGUGCACCGGUGCUUAAUAGAAAACCAGCAGUGGUUAAUUUGUCUAACGAUCCAGAUGCUGUUCUCGUUCAGAGAUCACCUUUUAAAUCUACUUCGUGUUUCAUUGACGCCGCCAGUCUUGUGGACGACGAUGAUGUGAUUCAGGUACAAUCUGAUGAUGUCACUCUAGUUGGAGCUGACGUAUUACCGGCCCCAACGCAACCGCUAGCUUGUACUACCGCAAAAAAUGAUCUCAGUCCUCUGGAUUGGUCAGAAAGCUAUGAUAAUGAUGAUUCGUUAGAACAACUCGACAAAAAAGAUCCAGAUUCCCUCAAAAAAGAUAUGUCUCCAACAAUCUUUGACAUGACGCCAGUUACAGAAGAUUCUUUAGGUGGAACCUUUGAAGAAGCAGCCCAAAAAGAAGAUGCUAAACAAAAUGAAGAGAGAGACAAAGAAAAAGAAGAGUCUUUCCCUGUAACAUAUGAAUAUAAACAUAUCACCCCUGGCUACACGAGAAUCAUGACGUCAACUCCACAUAACUCCCUUGGGGCCCCUAAAAUUAAAACUUUAGAUGUAGAAGACUGUGAUAGUGACAGUACUGUUGUAAGUGGAGAAGGAUCAAGUAGUCAUUACUUCGACUAUUCUUCAGGAGGAACCACUAAAGAUGACCAUGUCUCACAGCCCUCGUCCCAGCCAGGAAGCUUGUUAUCAAGGAAGAAAAUGCAGAACAUCCCUAUUGUAUCUUCCGCAUAUAAUCCGACUACAAAUGUAUUUAAGACCUCACCACCAAAGCCAAAAGUAUCAAAUGCUUCUGCUUGGGUGGUAGAUAUGUCAAGUAUUGAGGAUGACUCCAAGCCUGCUGUGCCAGAAAACAGGCGGCCCGGGGAUCGCAUGUGUGAAACGCUGAAAUCAGAAGAGAAACAAAGGAACCAUGACUCAGGGUGUAGCCGCAGCUCUGUCGACUCCGACAGCAGCGAAAGAUCUAGCCAUAAGUUUUAUAUAGACCUAUCAAGUUUACCGGACCACUCUCCUCCAAAAAUCGAUAAUUCUAAAAGUUUAAAUGAAAAGAAAAACAUAUUUUCCAUGUAUAUUGAUCUCGGCGAACAACCUCCAGUUAAGGAAAUGCCAGCCAGGCUUAGCUCCUCUCUGAAUGCAAAAAGGAAUGCCCAAUCCGCCAAAACAUCUCCGAGGCCUAAAGCAAAAACCAAUAGCUCUCUCAAAACUAAUAAAAACGAUAUCGGUGUAUCGAGCAGCUCAACUCCGUCGCGAUCCGUCAAGAAGACCGCAGACACUCGCCUCGCCACCGCUGAACACGAAUCACCAAAAGGCUUCUCACUAUUUGAAGAAUACGAAAAUCUAUGCGCCAACACGGAAAUAAGUAUUUCUGAAAUAAUAGGUCUACCGGAAAAAGUGACUAAACUAGCUCCAAAGAAAUCCCCUAAAUCUGAUAUUGGAAAUGAAAAAGACGAAAAAUUACAAACUAAAACGUUAUCAGCGGUGACAAAACAAGUGCAAGCGAAGGAAUCCAGCAAAGAGGUGUUUGUGCGGCUUUCCGAUUUAGACAAAAAGAGGCUUUACGUGGAAUCAAGUGACACAAUCUACGAGCAUUGCGUGUCCGACAUUCGGAUGACGAGGUCUAUCCCUGACACAAACUGGGCGGACCCUUCGCACCACGCCGUCAACUCGAGGUCCAUCGAGGUGAUCAGUUCGUUUCACUCGGAGAACACUUUGAGUUUGAACCGGUUGUUUCCUCACUUGAAGAAUGAGUUCAGUAGGAGCAUGCCAAGCUCUCUCGCCAGUCGCACGCGGUCACCCAUGAGGCUGUCCUCAAGUAAUGGCGAAGUGGAAGAGGUCAUCUCGGACUUGUCAGAACUAAGCAGCGUGCAGAGUAGCUACCAUCGGUCUGUAGUUGAGAAAAGCACGACAGACGACAGCCAGACUUCAAGCCUGAUCGGCAACUGUCAGUCUCGGCUGGGAGAGGAUCUGCUCCGUAUGUUUCUUGAAGAGAUCGCCCCUGACGUCAUCGUCGAGGUCAGCGGGAAACGGUUCAAGGCACACAAGUGUAUACUGUCCUCGAGGUGUCAAUAUUUCGCCGGCAUCCUCAGUGGCGGCUGGGUGGAGAGUGCUGGCAACGUCAUCGUCUUACCACCGUUCUCCUACAACGUAGUGCACUUCGCGCUGUGCCACAUCUACUCGGGCGCGUCCCGCAUCCCCGACUCGGUCAGCAUGGUGGAGCUGGCCACGCUCGCCGACAUGCUCGGGCUCGAGGGGCUCAAGGAGGCCAUCAUGUUCACGCUCAAAGUCAAGUACUGUCACAACUUUCAUAAGCCGUGUCAAGUCUGCACAGCCGGGGUGCUGGAGUGUUUCCCGCUGUCGUCCGUCUACGGGCUGGACGAGUUGUACCUCAAGUGUCUGCGCUGGAUCACCAAGCAUUUUCAUAAGGUGUGGCCGACGAAAGCCUUCGCCACUCUACCCAAGGAGCUGCUAGACAAGUGCUACCAACAGCACAUCGUGAACAUGAGCACGGAUACACUGGUGGACACCGUGUGCGGGUGCGGACUCACAGAGGCCGCCCUACCCAGCACCCGCUGGGCAGAGACUGUAGGCCGCCUCUGCCGGCGCCUCCUAAACGCCGCGGCUCACUAUACAGCGGCGAGACUCUCGAGCGUGGUGAGGUUGGCCUUGCAGCGAGCCCCGCCGCCCGCCGCCGCGCAGACUGUCGACGACUGUGUGGCUGCGGCUAUAGAGUGGGCACCACCGAAUGAGGCCUGCAGAGCGUACGCGUUCCUUUCACAAAUGACGAAAGACCUGAAGAACCAACAGAACCCAAAGCCGGACCUGGUCACCAACGGAGACUUCUCAGCCAAAGGCAGCCUUCUGUGGUCCCUCGCGAACCACUGGCGUAUCCGAUGCGAAGAGUCCAUAGUCCGCUCAGCCCCGAGAGCCAUCGACACUCAAGCCUUCAAAGAACUACCCGCAGACUUGAGGAAAAGGCUACGAGACCUAGGCUGCAUUAUCUACGGGUCUGGACUAACAGCGUCCAUAUCUCCAGUGCCUGAUAAGAAGAGGACUAAAGCUCAGAUAAGGGCGUCUAGCAGAAGUCAGGAUAUGGAGCAAGUUAGGGCCAAUUUCGUGCCCUAUUCGCCCGCCCCGCCGGUGCAAGGGUUAAACAGGCCAAAUCAGAGUAGGUUAAGGGUUAGUGCGGUGAAUGCUCCCAAGAUCAGGACGACUAAAGCUCAAGAGGAAAGGGCUCGGUUCAAUAUGGCGCAAACCACGCACUCUCAGGAGCGACGGAGCAAGACUAAUCGAUAUGAGAACACUAAGCCCCGGUACCUAGAACCACUGAACAAGGACAAGGAAAGCGACGCAAAGAAACUCUCAUCCAACCGUCUCAACGUGAAGAUGAUAUCUUCUACGGAAUCUUCUAGAAACUCGAGCCCAGUUCUCAGCCGCAACGUUCGUGCCAGCCGCAUCAAGGGAAGACCCUCCCAGGAUAGUCUAGCAUCUAGACCGAAGACCUCAGAGCCAUCUACUGAAGAGCUGAGCGAAUCACAGAACAGCAAUAAGUAUGCCACGUACACGAAAACCAAGCACAGCACUGGGUCCGCUGAGUCCGUGAAGUCGUACAACCACCCGCGCCCUCCUCCGCUGUCGCUGACCCAACGAGGCAACGGCGUCCGCACCAAGAUACCCAUCUAUCAGAACCACUUCCGCAACCCGGACAAGACCCAACCCGUCCUGGACAAACCGACCAACAAAACCCAGGACAGAAAAGUAUCCGCCUCACUCAUGAUGGCCACCAAAUCAAGCUCCGCCAAAGUUGUACCCAAAAUGGACAAGAAAACAACCAAGCAAUCCAACAAACAUAAAGGUAAGACCAAGAAUAAUGUUAAGCUAGACGAGCCCAAUCCAGCAGCCAUACCAGUGAUGGAUAGAUCAGGAACCUUUCUGAAGGAUGAACCCACUUUCGGUGAUAAGACUACUAAUAUCGACGUCGCCCAGUGAAAUGUAAGAGUGAUGUUGUUGACGUUGUAAGAGAGAAAUAAUUGUAUAGUUUAAUGUCGUUUAUCAUUGACAUUUUUGCAAUAUCUUGUAUAGCGUAGGUAGUAUUCUUAUAGUAUUAUACAGUGGCUUUUUAUUUGUGUGACACAAGGUUUGUGAGCAAAUCGUGUUAUAUUUAAGCCGUAAGUAUUUGUAUAAAGCUAA